CGCCGCCGCCGUAAAAGUGGGGGGACGAGGCCUAAGCACUAAGCACGCGCGCGGGCAAGCCAGGCAGUUCACGCCACGUCCGCGGGCAGCAGCGGCGUCCAGCGGCAGGCUCUCGCAGCCCACACGGGCUAGCUUGCAAGGGCAGCCACCAAAGAGAGAGUACUUAAGCGGUCACGAACGCUAGACUAACCCUUGCGUCGGCGAAGCUGCGUACGCGGAGAAACGCUCAAAGGGGAACACCCUAAGAACGCCACCAAAAGGACCACGAUGGAGGAGAUCGACGACAUCGUGACGGACAUCGCCCAGGGCUGCGCCGGCAAGGGCCAGCGCGUGCCCAAGGUCUUGGCUGCCUUCAUCGCGCGGACAAUCCUCGAGUCGGACCCCGUGCUCUUCUCGCCCGAGAAGGAGUUGAGUAAUGAGGGCAUCGAGACGCUGGUGCGCAUGGGCAUCGCGCGGUGCUGCCAGAAGGACGACCCUGCCCUAGAAACGAUCAAGAUGCAGGUCACUUUUGAUUCGACCUAUGUAAGGUACUGUGUGCAAAUCAACCGUGUGUCGGUGCCGGGUGCACGAUAAUUCUUCACUAAGUCAUUCCUCGGCGAUGACGCGGCCGUCCUGGCUCGGUCGAGCGGCGAGGAACCGGCAUUGCCACGCCAUCGAGCAGGCGUCGCGUCGAUGGCGUGGAGGACGACGCGGCGAUUCAGCACGAAUGCGCCGUAAAAUCUUUGAUUUCCACACAGGUAAGGUACGAGGAGGAGCUCGCGCAGUCGAACGAAGCUCGCGCCAAUAAGACCAAGGACCUCAUAAGGAGCAUCAUCGGAGUACGACCGAAAGGCGGCACGGACUUCGAGACGCUGACGGCGCUAUACAGGCAAAUCUUUUCGUACCUCCAAUUCGUAAGUCGGGGCCAGGGCGGCUUAGAUGGGAAAGGUUUGUCUCAGGCGGACCCGGCGGCCGUGGAACGCGCCGUGGAGCGCGAGCUCGCCGCUGCCUUAGAAAGCGUCUUCCCGCGGAUUGGUCUGAAGUCUUUCGUGCUGUUGGGCGCCGAGGAGAAGCGGCUCCAGUUGGAAGAGUUGGCGCGCAUAGUCACGGGCAUCCGCCUGUUUAACCGGGAGCAGGGCAAGGGCGGCGCCGGGCUAGAUCACGUCGAGGACGCCGUCGCCACCACCGUCUCUGACUUGAGGGAGGCCCUCGACGCCGAGGUCGCCGAGCAGCACGAGGUCUGCACGCGCUACCAAGAAACAUUAGUGUACUGCCACCUGCGCAAGCCCGACGAGGCGACGGCCGAGAAUUUGGAGAGAUGGGCGCAGGAACUGGCCAACCGAAGGCAGUACUGCGCGUAUUUAGCGUCUUUGGCAGAAGACGCGGCGGCGAGCGCGCGGCGCGUGGCGGCGCAGCGCGACGCCUUCGCGUCGGAGAUGGAUGAAUUGCAGGGCAUGGUCGGCGGGCGCGCGGCGGUGCCCAAGGAGCACGUCUAUCCCAAGUUUGAUGCGGUCGCCGCGGCCUGGUUCGCGCUCGACGAAGAAUUGCGAGUCGUCGAGUCGCGGGUCGCCGUGCUCGAGGAGCUGCACGCGUUCCGCGAGUCGUACGCGGCGACGCUCGGGCCGCAUUCUGCAGUGUCGCGGCAGGCAAGGUUAGAAGGCCCGCCGAUCCAGGACGAGGCGGCGCCGUCGCCCGACAAGCCCGAGGACAAGCCCGAGGAGGACCCUGAGGACUUCGACGACCUGCCCCAGGGCGACGAGGGCGGGCCCGUGCGGCUGUCCGUCGAGACGACGCCCGAGUUCAUGCAGCUGCCGCUCGAGUAUCAAGGUUUCUGUGGCUGGACAUGCGCAAACAAAGGGGGCCUGCUGCUGCCGGGCAAGCCCGGGCUGGGCGUCGUGCGGUACCGCGGCGCGCACUACGUCUUCGCGUCGGCCGAGGCGCUGCGGGACUUCUUCAAGGACCCCGAGGGCGCGCGACAGGGUGUGGUUGCUGCGGCUACCAAACGGCCCGAGUUGGUCCAUUUGCUGCGGUUGCAGGACCAGUACCCGGGGACCAGCAUCGCGAAGAUCCUCGCGGCCGCCGCGUCGAAGCGGGCGGCGUCGCGCGGCGGCGUCGAGGGGCAGCGCACGGCGCAGGGCGGCGCCGCCGCGGCGCUGCUGGCGCCGCCGGUGAUGAAGGACGCCGCCUGCGAGACGCCGCUCCACUUUGUGGAGAAGAACAUGGACCCCUCCUACGAGUUCAACGAGUGGGCGCUGCGGCGGCGAGCCCUGCGGCUCGCCGCGCUCAAAAAGUCGGCGACGACGUCUUGCCAAACGGACGCGUCCUCCUACCGCCGGGACAACGCGUCCCAGGUCUUCCUGCCGAAGAUAUCCUCGACGCAGACGCGAAAAGAAUCCGGGACGCAGCCGCCCUUACGUAUUCAAUACCUCCAGGGCAUCCGCGGCGGCGCGAACAAGCAUUUGGCGGAGGUCUCAAAGGUGCCACCCCUGCCCGUCGGCCGCGUGGAGCUCUUCUACGAACACCCGUUCCGGGGGAGCGAGGACCAGGCGCACUAGCGGU